UCAUGCAAAACACCAUCAAUUAAAAAAUGAGUUCGACUUGGAGCUAAAGUUCGUGAUAUUUUAAAAUUAUGUUAGUUUGCACUAAACUGCGCAACGAUGAACAUAAGCUUUGAAAAUUUAAGUUAUAAGGUUGAAAAGCGUAAACUGUUAGGCAAAAAAGAUGUUACAGAAAUAUUAAAAGAUAUCAAUGGCGAGUUUCGUAGUUGUGAAUUGUCAGCAAUUAUGGGUCCAAGUGGAAGUGGAAAAAGUACAAUGCUCAACAUUCUAUCGGGUUACACGUCAAAUGGUUUCAAAGGAACAAUAAAAGUUAACAAUAAUGAAGCGAAUCCGAAUAAAAUUCGAAAAAAAUCGUCAUACAUUAUGCAGGAAAAUAGUUUACAUACCUUUUUAUCAGUGCACGAAACGAUAAAUUUUGCAAUGAACUUGAAGGUUGGAAGUCGAUUGAACUUUGAACAACGUAGAGGCAAGAUUCAUCACAUUCUCGAAUCGUUGGGAUUACUUGAGAUUGUUGGUAAUCGUGUUAAAGAUAUUAGUGGUGGAGAACAGAAGAGAUUGUCGAUAGCAUUGGAACUUGUUGAUGACCCUUCGAUAAUUUUUCUCGAUGAACCCACAACGGGUUUGGAUUCGUCUUCUUCUCUUCAAUGCAUUCAACUUCUGAAAAAACUCGCUGAAGAGAGAAAAACAAUUGUUUGUACAAUUCAUUCACCUUCGGCUUUAUUAUUCGAUCUUCUUGAUCAUAUUUAUGUGAUAGCCGACAGUUCAUGCAUCUAUCAAGGUUCCACUAAAAAAUUAAUUCCAUUUUUAAAUGAAUUAAAUUUGAUAUGCCCACAAAUCUACACUCCAUCUGACUUUCUCCUGGAGAUUGCUACGAAUGAUUACGGUCCACAAAACCAUCGAUUAACUGAUAAAAUCAAAAAUGGAUUAAAUAAUGAAUUUAGAAAAGUGGAAAACUAUUUAGUCGAAGAAGAUUUAUUGCUUAACUCAACUCAAGAAAGCACUGAAUAUUCAACAUCAUUUUAUCAACAAUUUAAAAUUCUUCUCUAUCGUAAUUUCCUUACUAACAGCCGAGAUAAAACUUUAUUCUUGAUGCGUCUUCUCAUCAACAUCGGUGUUGGUUUGUGUUUCGGAAUAAUGUAUUUUGGAAUUGGUAAUGAGGCUUCAUUCAUUUAUGAUAUCCAAAGAUUCAUCGUCUACAGCACUUUUCAUCCAAUGUUUCUUGGUUUUAAUUCACAACUGACUACAUACAAAAAGAUAAUUUUAAAUGAAAUUAGUGGAGAAUUUCGUGCAUGUGAAUUAUCUGGAAUUGUUGGUCAAAGUGGUAGUGGAAAGACUUCAUUGUUAAAUAUCUUAUCAGGAUUUACGAAAGGAAGCGUGUCUGGUUCGAUAAAAAUCAAUGGAAAAGAUAGUAAAAAUGGAAAGUUUAGAGAAAUUUCAAAGUACAUCAUGCAAGAUUUCUCAUUGCAUCGUUUCAUCACUGUUGAAGAAUCCAUGAAGUUUGCAGCAAACUUAACACGAUGCAAUGAAAGUGAAGAUUUUAAAAAUCUGAAGAUCACUUCAAUUUUAAAAGAAUUAAGUCUCGCAGACAAACACGAUCACUACACAUCAAACCUGAGUGGUGGCGAACAAAAGCGUCUCUCAAUUGCUUUAGAAUUGAUUGACGAUCCUUCAAUAUUGUAUCUUGAUGAACCAACGACAGGUCUGGAUUCUUUAUCAUCUCUGCAAUGUGUUCAAUUGCUAAGAAAACUGGCUUAUAAAGGAAAGACAAUCAUUUGCACAAUUCACACACCAUCAGCACUUCUUUUUGAAAUGUUUGAUUACAUUUACGCUUUAGCUGAUGGAAAUUGUAUUUAUCAAGGGUCAAGCAAAAAUCUUGUGCCGUUUUUGAAAGAACUUGACUUGAUUUGUCCACCUUCGUACAAUCCGAUUGAUUUUCUCUUAGAAAUUUCAAAUAACGAUUAUGGAGAACAAAACCAACGCUUAACUGAUAAAAUUGAGAAUGGAAUGAAUUCUAAUUAUCGAUCAAGGGAUCUGCAUACAUCGAAGAAAUACGAAGUUUUCAACAUUUAUCUUGACUCUCUUAAUCCUGAUCCAAAUCCAAUUUCAACUCGUUUAAUGUCAAAUUUUACAAAUCAACUUGGACAACUUUUGAUAAGAAAUUUUUUGAUUGCAACACGUGAUAAAACUUUGACAUUAAUGAGACUGAUAAUUCAUCUAACAAUUGCGAUUUUUAUUGGCAUCAUGUACAAUGGAAUUGGUGAUGACGCAUCGAAUAUUUUCAAUAUUUACAAAUUUCUAUUCUUCAAUAUUUUUCUUCUUAUGUUUACCGCUUUUAGUUCUCUUCAAACUUCAUUCGUUUUAAAGAUUUCGCUAGCGAUGGUCGACGCAUCGUUAAGUUUACAAUUUAAAGAUUUGUGUUAUCAUGUUGAUGCUGGUCAUUUUAUUAAAUCUGAAGAACGCACAAACAUUUUAAAAAAGGUCAAUGGAGAGUUUAGAAGUAGAGAAUUGACAGCGAUAUGUGGGCCAAGUGGAAGUGGAAAAAGUUCUUUGUUGAAUGCACUUUCUGGUUACAAAGUUAAUAAUGUAACGGGUGCGAUAUCAUUAAACGCUGAGAAUAUUUCAACAAGACAAAUUAGAAGAUUUUCCUCUUACAUUAUGCAAGAGAAUAAAUUGCACGAUCAUCUGACUGUGUAUGAGUCAAUGAUGUUCGCUGCUUGUUUUAAACUGAAAAACGCUGAAAAUAAACAAAGAAAAGUUGAUCGCAUUUUAAAAUCUUUAAACAUGGAAGAAAAAAUGGAAACAUUUGUAAAAAAAUUGAGUGGCGGUGAAAAGAAAAGAUUGUCGAUUGCUUUCGAACUUGUUGAUGAUCCGCUAAUUAUGUUUCUAGAUGAACCCACAACCGGUUUAGAUUCAUCAUCAUCGACACAAUGCAUUAGAAUUUUGAAACGACUUGCAAAUGAAGGUAAAAUGAUCAUUUGCACAAUUCAUUCACCGUCUCCACUGAUUUUUGAAAUGUUUGAUCAUGUUUACACGUUGGCUGACGGGUAUUGCAUUUAUCAAGGUUCCAGUAAGAAUCUAUUGCCAUUUCUGAAAGAGUUGAAUCUCAUUUGCCCUGACAACUACACACCUUCAGAUUUUCUGCUUGAAAUUGCGACUAAUGAUUAUGGAAAUGAAAAUCAUCGGCUAACGAAUAAAAUUAAGAACGGAAUGAGUUCAAUGUAUCGCGAAACAUCAACAACAUGUCACCAAAUUCUAAAUAACAAUCAGAUUAACCUUACAUCACCUUCAAACUCAAUUUAUCUACUUUCGCUGUUCCAACAAACUAAAAAUUUACUUUACCGGAAUUCACUGAUCUCAGUUCGUGAUAAAAGUCUAAUUACGAUGCGACUCUUCAUUCAUUUAAUUACCGGAAUUAUUUUUGGAAUUCUCUACAAAAAUUCUGGCAGCGAAGCUUCAAAGUUCCUUGAUAAUUAUCGUUAUAUUGUUACAACAAUUGUUUUUCAACUAUACACGUCAUACUUCUCACUGCAAACAGCCAUUCCAUUAAAUUUUCCUAUUCUAAAACGCGAAAGGUUUAAUCGAUGGUACUCAGCUAGUGCAUAUUAUUUUGCUUUUAUUAUUCAUGACUUGCCGAUAACAUUUCUCUGUUCGAUGACAUAUGUUUCGAUCACUUAUCUAAUGACAGAUCAACCUAGAGAACUGUUAAGAUUUCUAGCAUUUUUAAGUAUAUCUUUAACUUUAAGUUAUGCAUCGCAAGGCCUUGGAUUUAUGUGCAGCGCUUUAUUUAAUGCUAAGAGUUCUGUGAUCUUCGGUGGAAUGUUUCUUGCUCCAUUUUUUAUGUUCUCAUCAGCUGUUAUUCAAAUGAAAGAUGCCGCAAAUUAUUUCCAUUGGUUAUUUCAUGCUAAUUUCCUGGACAAUGCUAUUAAAGGAACCUUGAACGCAAUUUAUGGUUUAGACAGAUCUAAAAUUGAAUGUGUCGACGACAUUUAUUGUCACUACAGUUAUCCAAAAAAAGUCUUACAAGAAUUCUCUAUUUAUAUAAGCAUUUGGCGUGUGCUUUUUGUGCUAACACUUUAUGCAAUAUUCACAAGAAUCUUAACGUUUAUAUUUAUCAAAUAUAGAUUAAAAAAGUGACGAA